CCUCAACAACGACACCACCCCCAUCUCGCAGCAAGUAUGUCGCUCCGCCUCGUAGCAGCCAGCACAGCGAGGUCUUCGUCCGCUAGGACCUCGACGACGCUCGUUCCUGUAGCUGGUCGUGGCCUGUCCACAACAGCGAACCGCACUCAGGAACGAAGCGCAAGCGCAGCGCAGACUCAGACUGUCAAGCCCACCUCUGACUCGACGGGCCAGCCUGCCAAUCCCAGCCCACCACCACGAGCGGCCGCAUCUACCCCUCCUCCGGGGGCACAGGCCAUGCGAAAUAGCGGGGCAGAGGCGCCUACUCAUCCUCGCCCGGCGAAACCACCUCAUCCUAGCGCGUACAAUGAGGUGACGAAGAAGCUCGUUCAAGGAGUCGCAUGGAUGCUGGGCUACAAUACGCAGAGCAGUAAAGCCAUUCGAGUGACCAGCGACCUCUACGAUCGCUGUGCCGCCGUGUGGGACAUCGAGCGCGACUUCUGGGCUGGAGAAUGCCACCUGCCCCCCACGUAUCAAUCCUGGUUCCAAGUAACCAACAUCCACAUUAUCAUCCUCCUCAUCCGCCUUCGUGAUCUCCCUCCCCACCUCUCUCGCGUCUAUCAGCAAGAACUCGUCAAUCACUUCUUCAUCGACGCAGAGGAUCGAAUGCGACAACGCUUCGGUGUGCAGACUGCGCGCCUUGUGAAGGGUUACAUGAAGGAGAUGCACAACCAGCAUCGUGGUGCUCUCUUGGCUAUUGAUGAGAGUAUCGCCAUGUUGGGCAAUGAUGGGCAGGGGGACUCGAGGCUAGCCAUGGCAUUGUGGCGCAACGUGUUUGGAGCUGGAUGGGGGGAUGUAGGUGGGGUCCUCUCCAAAGUCAAGGGCAUCGACCGCAACGCGAAAGGCGAAGAAGACAAGAGUGACACGGGCCCUCGCCUGGCCUCGGACCUCGGCCCAGAUGCAGAGGGGGCAUUCCAGCCUUCCUCUCCUUAUGCCCGCUCCCUCGAGGCACAUCGUCGCGCCUCAGCCGCAGCUGGUGCGCAAGUUCACCCUUCUUCCGACCAGCAAAACAUCGCAGCCAGUGCUGCACCAGCUUCUGCUCCCGAGCUGGGAUUCCCCUUGGUACUCUCUAGAUUGACUCGCUAUUUCCUUCACGAGUUGCGUAGGUUGGCAGCACUGAGCGAUCAUGAGAUCGAGGCGGGGAGGAUGGCAAGAGCCGUGGGGGGAGCCCCUCCUGCGCAUAUCCCGCCUGAGCAGGCCGCGAGCGUUGGUGCUGGUGAGGCGAUCGAGCGUACCAGGACUAGGCCAUUGAACCCCGAUGUCCAGGGGGAGAGGACGCGUGAGGGGGGUGAGCCGGGUGAGGGAGUCGUGGAUGACGGCAAGAGUAUCGCUACGUUUAGCAGGCCGUGA